GAAUAAAAAUCAGAGCGAGUGGUGACAGUGGGAAAACGUGACAUGCCGAUCAUCAUCAAUCAUCUGACACAGACCUGCAAAUACCAGCGGCACGUUUCUGUUCUAUCAGCUGGUGACAGUGUUCUUUCAGAGGAAAGUGUAACUUACCUGACACAAAGGACAUCUGUGGGACUGUGAGAUGACUCACCCGUGGCUUACAGCAGCUUCAAUAAAACAACAAUAGAAAACCCAGAAAUCAACGUCCUGAAAGAGUCAAAUUGCUGCAGAUGCGAAGAUGGCAUUAGCAAGCGGUCAGUGGCUGGAAAAAGAGACGAGAGGAGAAGCCCCGUGUCCAAGACAUGGCCACGCCUUAGCUAUGGCAGCAAACGUAGCCUUUGUGUUUGGCGGAGCCUCCAGCAUCAACCAAGAGGAGGACAGCCCUGUUUACUUCAACGACUUCUACAUGCUAACAGUGUCUCCUGAUGACAUGACAUGGGAGGAGAUUCCACAGAAUGGAGAAGUGCCCUCAGCUAGAGAAGGGCACGUUCUUUGUGUCGUGAAAGGGAAGUUGUAUCUGUUUGGAGGAGUGUCCAGCCCCGAUGCCGCUGUGUGUCUCCCAGGAGUCUACAGAUUCGAUAUAGUGUCUCUGACUUGGGAGUGCUUAGCAGUCAGGGGUGUGGCCCUCAGGAGCCUGAGACACAGUGCUGUUGCUGUGGGAGACAACAUCUACGUGUAUGGAGGCAUUCUGGGAGGAAAUCCAACCAACGAUCUCAUGGUCUUCAACACAGUGUCUCUUACCUGGACUCCAGUAAAAACUAGUGGAUUGCUGCCUCCUGCCCUCUGUGAUCAGAGUUUUGCUCUUGUUGGAGAUCAGGUGUUCAUGUAUGGAGGUUAUGAAGCAGCUGGAGACCCCUGUAAAGAUCUCCAUGUUCUCAACACAGACAACUUAGUGUGGCAGAAAUGGGAAGUGAAGGGAGAAUCUCCUGCUGCCUGCAGUGGGCACACGCUGACUGCACACCAUGAUAAAGAUAUCUACCUGUUUGGCGGCAAAAGUAAAAAUCAGGACGGCACAGUGACGUCUUCCAGUGAAAUCCAUAAACUCAGUAUUGCUAAGAUGAAGUGGAAGGUUCCUCUGUACGUUGGGAUUCCUCCCAGCCAACGUAACGGACACACUGCCUUCAUCCUCCACAGCCAUCUGUUUGUAUUUGGAGGCAAGAAUGAAGAGCAGGAGUUUAAUGACCUGAAGGUGAUGAAACUCAUUAACCCCUCAGAGAGACAACCAGUGAUGAAAGAGAUCCUGUCAGAGUUUGGUCUGCAGGGAGUCAGCCACAGCUUCACACCCACAAAAGUUCCCAAUGUCCGCUAUGAGUUGAGUGACGUCCCAUCCAGCCAGCCAAAGAACACAGCAACUAAUGCACAGGUGUUUGUUCACAGAGACUUCAGUGCAGUUCGAGAUCAGGCCAUGAAAAUGAUCCAAACAGCCUUUACUUUGUUGGAUCAGGAGUUCCAGAAACUGGAUCGGUACAUCUAUCAACUUUGCUCACAGAGAAGUCAGAGUUGUCUAAAACUGCUGCUGCAGUGCAGAAAGAGAAAGAAGUUAAUGAAGUCCACAGACAACGACAGCAACAGGAGCUGCAGGAGAUGCUGGAAAAACAUCGCUCUCAAAAUGAGGCAUGGCUCCGAAUGAGAGCUGAGGAGAAUGACCGUGAGAGGAGGGAGCUGUGCAGACUCAGAGAGGAGGUGUUACAGGAACAGGAGAGGCUGAAGGAGGAGCAGAGCAGCAUCCAGAAACGCAGUGAACAUCUUCUGUCCAUCAUGCAGCAGUUCAAAGGAAUGUGAGAUGGAUAGGGAUCUUUAAGUGGUGGGUAGAUUACAAAUAAAACUGUUCUGGAUGGAAAGGAGAGUACUCUGAGGGACUUCUCUGUAUGUUAUUAACUUUCCUUCAAUAAAAAUACUUUGCAACUCACCACACAUAGCACUACAUUACAUUUUAUAUAAAUUGAAUGUUAUAUAAAUCUGGCCCUUACUGAUAUAUGAACAAACCCCACUGUCUGUAUUUGGGACCUUUUCUUCCCACUAGUCUGAAAGGAGUCAUGUUAUGGAAACAAAAUAUCAAGUGUACUAGUGCAUGA